AUGUACAAGACCACUCUGGCUUCAUAUACCGUGAUGCAUGUUGUCUACUUCCUAUCAGUGGUUGUCCUUCACCGUGCCUAUAUCCCAUUCCUACCUAUCCGCUGCAAUGAGCCUUCUGGCCCCCUGGACGAGCCAUUGUUCGCCGUCGACAAGGUCAAUGGCCCACCUGACGGUUUCUGGCGGGAUAGUGCUCGUGAACUCUUCAAGGCCGCGCGUCAGAUGAUCGACCUUGUGGCCACCUGUCAAGCCCGCGGUGCUCUUGUUGAGAACCCGUUGGUCGGAUUUGCCGUCUACAAUGCCGCUUUUGUCGGUGUCUAUGGAACACAUUUCCCACACAUGGAUACCGAUGGAUUGAUGGGAACUAAGCCGCCCCCUGCUAGCCAUGACAGCCACCAGCUCGGUGUCGCACAGGCACGCAAAGCCUUGGAUAUCAUUCGGGAGAUGCGGCCUCGUUUGAAGAUGGCGAUGGGCUGGUUCCGCACCCUGAACCGCCUUCACAGUUACUUCUCCAAAGUCAAGCGUGAUUUCCGCCGGGUUUCACGGAACCGCCUGGAUAGCAUGUCGGAUGCCUCUGACCACGGCCUCAAUGGGAUUCGCCCCCUUCGCGAAGGCGGCGCUGGUGGUGGCCUCGAAGAAUUCAAGUUGCUCGAAAAGCUUUUCCUCGACUUUGGAAGCAUCGAGGACCAACUGACAGAGCCUGGGAUGGACGAUGACGGUAUCGCAGUGCCCGCAGCCAGCGAGUCUAUGUACGAGCGCACGAACAUGAGUGACGCUGGAAGCAACGCCGUCAGGAGUGAAACCGGUGAUCCCGGUGACCAGAUGCUCGACGGUGCCGGUGCCGGUGGUCGUCGCGAGUCGUGGGUUCCGGUCAACAGCCCCGGUCUGUCGCUACCUGGACACGAAGGCGAUCGCCGUCCUAGCCUACCACUUCCCAACAGCCGCCAAAUGCCAUCCGGGUCCCCGUACUCUCUCCCAUCUCUUCAGCAACAUCACCCAGACGGCCCGAUGUACACCACUUCAUCUCCCAGUUUUCCCUCUCUAUCUGCACCUACACAGUCCCCCUCCCAGUAUAUGACUGCAGCAGGCAACCGCCUGAAUCCCAUCAACACCUGGCUCCCGGCCCGCCCACAGGCCCCUCCCCCGCCGUACUCUCAAUCCCUCCCUCCCAUCAACGCAACCGCCUCACACACCAUCCCUGUCCUCCCCCCACCGGGGUCCGUCACCCAAUUAGCCCCCUCCCCACCUCUGACCUCCACCGAAUUCCCAGACUCAAACUUACUAUCAACGAGUCUCGGCGGAGAUGACGUCCUCGCCUUCCUAGAUGGGUCUGAAUGGGGUCAGCUGUCCAUGCUCGCGCCUUCUGAGAUCGGUAUUCCCGCCGGUUGGCUGAGCACGGUCUGGUCUCCAUUCAGCCGCUAG